AUGAGAGUCGUAGUGCUUGCCCUGGCCCUGGCCCUUGUUGCCGGACAGCCUCAUACCCUUGCUCCUGAAUUUUCUCCCAAUAAGACUUACCUCUACAAAUAUGAGGCGCUGCUCCUUACCGGACUUCCAGAGGAAGGUUUGGCAAAGGCUGGACUUAAAGUCAGCAGCAAAGUUCUCAUCAGUGCCGCAACUGAAAACAUUUACUUAAUGAAACUGGUUGACCCUGAACUCUUUGAGUUCAGCGGAGUCUGGGCCAAGGAUCCUCUUAUCCCAUCACCCAAGCUCACUGCAGCCCUGGCCUCUCAACUCAUGACUCCCAUCAAGUUUGAGUAUGCCAAUGGGGUUGUCGGAAAAAUGUUUGCCCCUGAGGAUAUCUCAACCUGGGUGCUGAACAUCCAUAGAGGUAUCCUGAAUGUCCUUCAGCUCAACAUCAAGAAGACACAGAAUGUCUACGAACUGCAGGAGGCCGGAGUUCAGGGUGUGUGCAAGACCCUCUAUGCCAUCACUGAAGACGCUGAUCGCAUCCUUUUGACAAAAACAAGGGAUCUGAACCACUGUCAGGAGAAGAUCGUAAAGGACCUGGGGUUGGCAUACACAGAAAAAUGUUUAAAGUGCCAGCAGGACUCAAAGAACCUGAGAGGAUCUACAGCAUACAACUACAUCAUGAAGACAGUUACUGGCAGCAUUCUCAUCUUGAAGGCAGAAGUCAGUGAGCUGAUCCAGUUCUCACCUUUCUCUGAGUUGAAUGGAGCUGCUCAGAUGCAGACAAAGCAAUCCUUGGUCUUCCUUGAGAUUCAGAGAAAACCUAUUGUACCCAUCCAGGCUCAGUAUCUUCACCGUGGAUCUCUGAAGUACGAGUUUUCUACUGAGCUUCUUCAGACACCCAUUCAGCUUAUCAAAAUAGACAAUGCUCAGGCUCAGAUUGUUGAUGUUCUGAAUCAUCUGGUCAACCACAAUGUUGAGAGAGUCCAUGACCAUGCCCCUCUGAAGUUUUUGGAACUCAUUCAGCUCCUUCGUGCAGCCUGUUAUAAAGACCUUGAAUCGCUCUGGAGGAAGUACAUAGUCAAGCCUGCCUAUAGACAGUGGAUCUUGGAUGUAAUCCCUGCCACUGGGACUCCUGCUGCUCUGAAACUCAUCAAGGAAAGAAUUGAUGACAUGAAGCCUGCCGAAGCUGUUCAGGCUUUGGUUGCAUCUAUUCACAUGGUGACAGCAACCCGCGACACCAUCAACAUGGUUGAGGCUCUGGCAACCGACCAAAAAAUGAUGGAAAGACCAGGUCUGCGUCAGAUCGCCUUCCUUGGUUAUGGUACCAUGAUUGCAAAAUAUUGCGUCGAUUUGCCUGUCUGCCCUGACAACCUUAUAAAGCCCAUCCACGAACUCCUUAAAGAGGCUGUCUCCAAAAAAAAGACUAGGGAUAUCAUCCUGUUUCUGAAGGUUUUGGGUAAUGCUGGUCUCCCUAGUAGUCUUAAGCCAAUCACAAAGAUCCUGCCCAUCCAUUGCCCAGAAGCUGCAUCCCUGGACAUGAGAGUCCACGCUGAUGCUAUCAUGGCCCUGAGGAGCAUUGCAAAGAAGGAGCCCAGGAUGGUCCAAGAAUUGGCACUUCAGCUGUACAUGGACAAGGCUCUUCACCCAGAGCUCCGUAUGCUUGCAUGCAUCGUGCUGUUUGAGACUAGGCCUGAAUUGGGUUUGGUUACCAGUCUCGCCAACAUUGUGAAGUCAGAGGCAAAUCUGCAGGUGGCAAUCUUCACUUACUCUUACAUGAAGUCCCUGACCAGAAGCACUGCUGCUAUCCAUGCCUCAGUUGCAGCUGCUUGCAACGUUGCAAUCAAAAUUUUGACCUCAAGGCUGGACAGAUCAAGCCUCCGUUUUAGCAAAGCCAUUCACUUGGACAUAUACAACAGUCCUCUGAUGCUUGGUGCUGCUGCCAGUGUGUUCUACAUCAAUGAUGCUGCCACCAUUCUGCCAAGAUCUAUUGUUGCCAAGACCAGUGCCUACCUUACUGGAGCAGCUGCUGAUGUUCUGGAGGUUGGAGUAAGGACCGAGGGACUACAGGAGGCUCUUUUGAAAAACCCUUCACUUAUUGACAAUGCUGACAGGAUCACCAAGAUGAAACGUGUCAUCAAAUCUCUUUCUCAGCUGAGGUCUCUUCCCACCAACACACCUCUGGCCUCUGUCUACGUAAAAUUCUUUGGCCAAGAAAUUGCUUUUGCCAGCAUUGACAAAAACUUGGUUGACCAUGUCAUUGUGAACGGCACUGGUCUAAAUUUGAUGCCAACUGUCAAAUCUAUGCUGUCCGGUGUUUCCUUCAACUAUUCUAAGUCAAUUCUGGCCACUGAGGUGAGGCGUAUCCUGCCCACUGCUGCUGGUCUUCCAAUGGAGUUGAGUCUUUACACAGCUGCAGUGGCUGCUGUAGCUGUUCAGGUCAAAGCAACCACAACACCAGCUCUGCCGGAAACCUUCCAUCUUGCUCACCUUCUGAAGACAGACAUUCAGCUCGAGACUGAGAUCAUACCAAGCAUUGCUGUGAACACUUUUGCUGUGAUGGGUGUCAACACUGCCAUAAUCCAGGCUGCCCUGCAAUCAAGGGCUAAACUCAUCUCCAUCGUGCCCUCCAAAAUUCUUGCAAGACUUGACAUCAACGAGGGCAACUUUAAGGUCGAAGUUCUGCCUGUUGUUGCACCUGAACAUGUAGCAGCUGUGCAUGUUGAGACCCUGGCUAUGACAAGAAAUAUAGAGGACCUCUCUGCUGCAAAAUCCACGCCAAUCAUCCCUGCCAAAAUCUUUCAGCCCAUCUCAAGGGAGAUUAUUUCAUCUCAGAUUGCUUCAUCUGCUGUUGCUAGUUUUUCAACAUCCUCAGAGAUCGUAUGCCCAGAUGAGGCAGCUUCUGGCUCAAUAGUGAAACCCAAAGCAGCUCAAUUUGAAAAGUCGUACUGUGCAAAUGGUUAUGUCGUUGGACUAAAGGUUUGUCUUCAACUGGCAACUGACAAUGCUGCAUUCUUAAAGAACAUUGCCCUGUACAAACUGGCAGGAAAGCACUCUGUUGUUAUUGAUGUCAAACCAAUUGAAGCUGAGGGCGUUGAGAGACUGGAAUUAGAGAUUAUAAGUGGACCAAAGGCUGCAGAAAAGCUCAUCAAACAGAUCAACCUGAGUGAGGAGGAAAUUAUGGAAGUAAAACCUCUUUUGAUGAAGCUCAAGAAAAUCUUGACUCCUGGACUGAGGAAUGACAGCUCAUCCUCCUCUAGCUCCAGCAGCUCUAGCUCAAGCAGCUCCUCUUCUUCAAGCUCCUCAUCUGCAUCAUGCUUGGCAUUUCUCUUCGAUGCUAGGUCAAGGUCCACUCGCUCCAGUGCUCAUAGCUCAAAGCACGUGAUGUAUCGUCACAAGUUCCAGAAGUUCCACAAGAAGCAGGCUCUCACCUCCCAAGUCACCUCAGCCGCACUUUCCAAGAGCAGUGGUGCAAGCUUGGAGGCAAUCUACAGCAAGAACAAAUAUCUUAGCAAUGAAACUGCUCCAACCUUCGCCAUCAUCGUCCGUGCUAUCAGAACUGACAAGAAGGCACUUGGAGCCGAAUUGGCCGUCUACUUGGACAAACCAACCAGCAGCGUUAAGAUUAUUUUGGCUAAUUUGACAGCUGACAGCAAAUGGAAACUCUGUGCUGAUGGAGUUUUGCUUAGCAGCCACAAAGUCUCAGCUAAAGUCAGCUGGGGAGCAGAAUGCAAGCAGUAUGACACUUCAAUCACAGCUGAGGUAGGUCUUGUUGGACAAAGACCCGCCUCUCGCAUCAGAGUUGCCUGGAACAAACUACCUUCUGCCUUAAAAUGCAACGCAAAAAAGGUUUACGACUACAUUCCUGAUUAUAUGCCCGCUGGUGUUAUUAAAGAAAAGAAUGAAAACAGGGCCAAGCAGAUCUCAUUCACUGUGGUUGCAACAUCAGAAAAUACCCUUGACUUAAUCUUGAAAUCACCAACAUGCUCUGUCUAUAAGUUGGCUCUGCAUCUUCCACUCACUCUGCCACUUGAGGAAAUCAAAGGUCUCACCCCCUUCGAUGACGUUGCCGAUAAAGUCCACUACUUGUUUGGCAAGGCUAACGCUGCUCAAUGCGUGUUUGCCAAUGACACUGUGACCACAUUCAACAAGAUGAAAUACAAGAACGAGAUGCCAACGUCUUGUUACCAAGUUCUGGCCCAGGAUUGCACGCAAGAGCUGAAGUUUAUCGUUCUGCUCAAGAAGGAUGACAACGAACAGAACUAUGUCAAUGUGAAGAUUGCUGACAUUGAUAUCGACCUGUACGCAAAGAACAACGAUGUGAUUAUGAAGGUCAAUGAAAUGGAAAUCCCCAUCACCAACCUUCCAUACCAGCAUCCAACAGCCAAAAUCCAGAUGAGGCAAAAUGGUGACGGCAUCUCUGUCUACGCUCCCAGCCAAGGUCUGCAAGAAGUCUACUUUGACAAGGGCUCAUGGAAGGUUAAAGUGGUGGACUGGAUGAAGGGACAGACCUGUGGAAUCUGUGGAAAGGCUGAUGGGGAAGUCAGACAGGAGUACCGCACACCCAAUGGACGUCUGACCAAGAGUGCAGUCAGCUAUGCUCAUUCCUGGAUUCUGCCAGCAGAGAGCUGUAGUGAUACCAGUGGAUGCCAUAUGAAGCUUGAAUCCGUGCAGCUUGAGAAGCCAAUCAACAUCCAUGGCCAGGAAUCCAGAUGCAACUCUGUUGAACCUGUUCUCCGUUGCCUGCCUGGUUGCUUCCCUGUGAAGACCACCACUGUCACUGUUGGCUACCACUGUCUGCCUGUUGAUUCUCUCCAGAAUCACUCCGAGAGCCUGAGCAGCAUCUAUGAUAGCAGCGUGGACAUGAGGGAAGCAACAGAAGCCCACUUAGCCUGCAGCUGCACAACUCAGUGUGUUUAA